AUGUCUCCAAUUGCGAUUCAGAGGAAGCACUCCAUUGCGACUAUGGGUGCCGAUGGCAUUGGUCCUGAGGUCGUCAAUGCUGCUGUACAAGUUUUGAAGAAACUGGUUUCACUCGACGGGUCGUUCGAGCUUGAGUUUGAAGACUACAAUUGGAGCUCGGAAACCUACAAGAAAACUGGAAAGUACAUCCCGGAUGGUGGGCUCGAGAGAUUGAAGAAGCAUGACGCUAUUCUUUUCGGUGCUGUUGGUGCACCAGAUGUUCCGGAUCAUAUCUCUCUCUGGGGACUCCGUCUGGCCAUUUGCCAACCUUUCCAACAAUACGCAAAUGUCCGCCCAACCAGGAUUUUCCGUGGUACUCAGUCACCUCUCAGGAAUGCUUCGCAUGGUGAUCUGGAUUGGGUCAUCGUUCGUGAGAACUCCGAGGGUGAGUACGCCGGUCAGGGUGGCCGCUCACACAAGGGUCAGCCAUGGGAAACAGCAACAGAAGUCUCCAUCUUCACACGACACUGUGUCGAGCGACUGGUUCGAUUUGCCUUCGAGUUGGCACAGAAAAGAGAGAGAAAGUUCCUGACAGUCGUCACAAAAUCGAACGCCCAGAGGAAUGGAAUGGUCAUGUGGGAUGAGAUUGCGCUCGAGGUAUCCAAGGACUUCCCGGACGUUAAGUGGGACAAGAUGUUGGUUGAUGCUAUGACUUGCCGUAUGGUGCUGGAUCCAAAGUCCCUCGACACCAUCGUUGCUACCAACCUCCACGCGGAUAUCCUGUCUGACCUCGCAGCUGCCCUGGCUGGAUCCAUCGGCAUUGCACCUACUAGUAACCUAGACCCCACCCGAAAAAACCCCUCCAUGUUCGAGCCCAUUCACGGUUCAGCGUUCGACAUCACUGGAAAAGGCGUCGCCAACCCUGUUGCAACCUUCUGGACAGCGUCGGAAAUGCUUACAUGGCUCGGUGAGGAAAAAGCUGCUAUGAAGAUGAUGAAGGCUGUCGAGAACGUUGCCGAGCGAGGCAUCGUCACAAAAGAUCUCGGUGGGGAUUCAAACACAAAAGAGGUUACAGACGCUGUUUGCUCAGAACUGGAGAAGGUGUUUAGUGAGAAAAAGUAA